GGCGGGUACUAUCAAGCACCAGAAAGCGAAUGAAACAGUCCAUACUUGACAGGGGAAAGACAGCCAAACAAACCCUUGAUGAAGUGUACUGUACAUCUGGAGACGUUAUAAAGGCAAGAUCGAUUGGCCAACUACCAAGAGGGCCCAGCGAUUUAUAUUAUGCAAGACACUCUGCAAAGAAGAUGCCCAAUUCUAGUCCGUUGCUUGAUCAAAGCAAGAAAAGCGAAGCCAAGGAAACUAGUCAACCUGCAAGUAUAGAUAGUAUGUGGACGCUUCUGGAACGUGCAAAGAGGGAAGAACAGUCAAAAGAAGAUGUGUUCAUACGCGAAUGCUCAAUUCACCCUAACCUGUUUGUAGUUCUUGCAAACGAUCGACAACUUGAUGAGGUUGCAAACUUCUGUACGCACCCAAGUGAACACAGUGUUUUCGGAAUUGAUCCAACUUUUAAUAUAUUUGACCGAAAUAUUAGCCUUACGGUUACUACAUACAGAAAUCUGAAAUUGGUCAACCCCAAAACCGGUAAACAACCAGUGUUUGUUGGACCGUUGCUCAUGCAUCAGAAAAAGGACUGGAAAACCUUUUCCAAAUUUGCACACUCAUUGGUUACUCUUAAACCAGAGUUAGAUGCAGUCCUUGCAUGCGGUACGGAUGGUGAAAGAGCGCUCGUCAAUGGUUUCAAACGAAAUAUGCGUUUUGCGGUAUUUCUACGAUGCUUUCUACAUUUUAAAGCUAAUAUUGAGAGAGAGCUAAUUUCGAGAGGAAUUACAGGGAAUGCUAAGAAAGAAUUCGUGUGCGAAAUAUUUGGAAAACAAGAAGGAGACAUUAAAUAUUUCGGACUUGUUGAUUGUGAAUCAGAAGAAGAAUUCGACGAAAAACUGCAACAGCUUCAACCGAUUUGGGAAGAAAGGGAGAUUGUAACUGAAAACAAAGAGAGGAAGCAAACAAUGUUCGAGUGGUUUAAACGCGAAAAGGCACAGGAUAUCAAGGACUCGAUGCUGAGACCGAUCAGAACAGAAGCAGGGCUUGGUAACCCACCAUCCGAAUACACGAACAACGACCCUGAAGCUGCAAACUUCAUCAUAAAGCAUGGGCUGCACUUCAACCCAAACAAACCCCACGAGUUUAUUGAAAAUGUCAAAGAAAUUAUCUUAACACAACAAAGAAAUGAAGAUCGUGCGGUAUUUGGAAAAGGUCCGUAUCGAGUACGAGAAGGUUUCACCCAUUUGUCCGUUGAUGACGUAGAAAGAAGCAGUUUAAGUCACGCUCAAAUGGAAAAAAGAUUGGCUGAUUUCAACAAAGCAAAAAUGGACAGCAGGGUUGACGUCGUCAGUCCAACCCCUCAAGACCAAGAGGACGAACCCACGUCGCGUUUAAGUGUCACAGCUAAUGAAAGCGGGAUAACAACAGUACCUCAACCGAUACUUGAAGCGAUGUUCGAAAGGGCCUCUAACUUGUUAGCGGUGCCGGGAAAAGUUAUUCCAAAGCCUGGUGCUGACGAUGGAUCAUUCGUAGUGGCAGGAUUAUCCAACAACAUACAUUGUGUAAAUCCUGGCAAAGGUGGUUCUCUCUCCUGCGAUCGCAGCUGCAUAAAUUAUGCGACCAAAAUUUGUGAACAUACACUAGCUGUCGCACAGGUGAGAGGCACAUUGAGCGAGCUGCUGACGUGGUUCAAGAGAAGAAAGAAGCGGCCUGCAAUGAUGGAGAUGGUCGAACAGAGUGGCCCCAAAACUGCAGGAAGGAAGCCGUCACAAAGAAAGCGGACCAAUGUUAAACGGCCUACAGUCAACGAAUACGUCGACCUGUUACGUCCUCCAACAUCGCAAAUGUUACCCGAUGUGCCGUCCACAAUUCAACACGCAAGCAUUCCUUCAACCAAUAUUUAUACCCAACCUCCAACAUUCUCCUCUGUUGAAAGAAUGACACAAGUAAUGCCAACGGCCCCCGAUACAAGUACCUUCCAAACUGAUUAUCCCUCGAUGGCUACAGGUUUUCCUAUUCCUGGCAGUUACAGUAUUCCGCAACAAUGCACAAACCAGCACCUUUCGGAAAAUUUCCAGUUUUCUCCAGUGUCGUCGGUCACUUUAAGUGAUCAAUCACACAUGAAUGCCCAAGGGUCAGUAGGAUUACCAGAAAGCUAUUUUUAUUUGAAAUGGGUCGAAGGAACCAGAGUGUCCAAAUGCUAUGGAUGUGAUGGGGUUAUUCAAAACCCCCCGACUCAUCGCCCGGAUGAUUUGAUCAUUGUUUGCCGCGAUAUGCGAGAGUACAGAGACAGGUUAACUGGACAACGACAAAAGAGUAACACUGUUCAGAACGUGCAUUUCCACCUGUACAAAGAAUGCGUGAUAAGAAGAUAUCCAAACUUUCACGUAGGUCUCCUGAAGAUUGAUGGCUUUCAAAUUAAUCACCUGCAACCAGAACACCUCCAGCGUUUAGCUACCAAUUUUGGUUGGAAUCUCUACCGUUAACGUUUCUACACGCAUGAAUUCGUUUAUUUCAACGAUCUAAAUAACAUAAAGUGGCUCUGAUGCAAAGAUUAGUGAAACACUUUUUCAGACUGACACAUUCUCAGACUGAAACUAGUUAGAAAGGGUUGUUUUCCACUUAUUCCGCAUUUUUUAUUUGCACGUGCAUGCAG